AUGGCUAAGUCCGCAUUAUUUCGCAAGGGUGAAUGCGAUCUUACCGAGGAUGAGAUGCGGGAAGCUAUAGAAGAAUUAGAACGCGUUUUAUCGAACAUUUUGAGCUUGCUAUUGAUGAUGCAGUUGGCCGAUGAAUGGAUAUUGCUGUGCACUUCUAUGGAAACGAUUCAUCGUGACUUACUACAUCUACUUCGGGCGUGUCGAUCAGGAAAUGCGUCAGAACUUCAAGAGGCACAAAACAAUGGACGUACUACAGAAUGGAGAAACAGUGAUAGUGUUUCGUCCUUAUUGGCAAACAUUAUGCGUGAUCGAACUGCUGCGUCUGCUACUGUAAAAAAAUCUGCUACAAAGAAGAACUGCGAAGGCAAGUGUGGCUGUGCACUGUUUAGCAACUUUUUAAUUUGUGUUUUUCGGCUCCACAAAGCACAGUGCGAUGCGGCAUCAAAAAUGUGCAAUUUUGAUUUGGAAUCCUUGAAGGACAAAUUACCUACGCUUUGUCACAUCCGAGCGACGUAUUUGAUUGCAAACCAUUUUCCAGUGUUCAUACAUUGCACUGACGAUAGCAAAUGCGCCUGCAACAAAUCUCCCAAUGUAAAAAUUUGGGUCUGUAGUCGAUUAAGCUCCCAGUUGGACGAUUUGAUAACUCUGUUAAGCGAUGACAUGGAAGGAUUACUUAACGGGGAUAAGUUGCUUUGCAUGACUAUUUCGCUUCUGGCAUGCCUUAAACGUGACAAACUUGUAACGCCUAAAUCGACUCUAUGGAAAAUAAAUCAGUCUACUACCUUUUUAUCUGAUCUUAUUCGCCGUACAUCAGCAUUUGGUUUUAAAUUAAUCGAUAAGAUUACUCCCCAAGCAAAAUUUACAUACAGCAAGCAGCAUUGUGAAUGUAAACACUCUGAUGUUGAUUUUAAAGAUUGUUGUAACAACAAUAACUGUAAAGGUGUAAGGUGUCCUGGAUGUUAG